AAAACACAAAAAAGUGUCAACUAAAAAGGACCAAGGAUCGGGAAUAGAAUGGUCGUUAGCUGGCUGUCAAAAUGAGAACAGAUCAGAAAUUGUUCUGUUUAAAAUCCUCGUUGGUUGUAUUUAUUGUGUUUCUAUGGCUGUUUGGAGCUAUCUUAUUCGGUGUACCAUUAUGGUUGUUGUUGGAUUAUUGGUCUAAUGAAUAUUUAUUAGUGGACCAAGAAUUACAGCGUUAUCUAAUAAUACUGUAUGUAUUAAUAGUGGUGGGAGCCAUUAUACUAAUAUUUGGUAUUGUUGGUCUGAUUGGAGCUUUAACUACAAAUAAAGGUGUUCUUAUAGUGUUUGUAGUAAUGAUAAGUUUUGUAAGUGUGAUGACUGCAGGAGGAUUUGUGUUUGGUUUUAUAUACAGAGAAGAUUUAAAAGACACGAUUGGUAGAGGUGAAAUAAUAACUCAUUAUAUACGAGAAAAAUAUACUGGGGAACGAGAUAGACCAACUCAAAUAAUAGACCUAAUGCAGUCAGAGUUAAACUGUUGUGGUGGUGAACAUUUUACUGAUUAUACUCAGUCAAACUGGAUGUCUCUAGCUUCAAACUCUGACAACCCUGACAACUCUGAGUCCCCGCGUAAAGACCAAACACCCUUAUCGUGUUGUAACGAUUAUGAACGCUACCAGAACGCCCAGGGGACCAAUUAUAACUGUUAUAUGUACAAGGGACCAGUAACUGAGGGUAGUAAAAAUGAAGUCAACCCAAAGAUUCAUAGAACUGGAUGUAAACAUGCUCUGGUAGAUUUUUUUGAUAAUUAUAUUGGUGUGGUUGUCGGUAUAGCUGUCACAUUACUUACACUACAGCUCAUCUGUGUCAUCAUUGGCUCCAUUUUAAUCCACAUUCUACGUAAUUUAUUUGUACCACAACCAGACGACAUUGUGUACGACAUGGCCAGAAAACAAGAGAAAUCCCCCUACCCUUCACGUGGUGGUUAUAGUGGGGGAACCUAUUAUAAUUAG